AAUGAGGCCCCAGACAUGCCAACCGGGCAGAAGCCGCGGAGCGGCAGCACUGACGGGGAGGGACGGUCGCUCGGUGUGGGCCGUGAGGAGAGGCCGCUCGCCGCUGCCACGCACUUCAGCCUGGGCUGCGCCAUGGAGAAUGACAUCCUUGACUCGCUGGAGGAUCUGGGAUACAAGGGUCCGCUACUGGACGAUGGAGCUCUCAGCUUGGCAGCUGUUGGUGGGGCAGCUUCUCCAGAAUACACUAAACUAUGUGCCUGGCUUGUAACAGAACUGAAAGCUUUCUACAAGCUGAUUGAAAAUGUCAAUGCAACAGCCAGCCCCACAGAAGCUGAAGAGUUUCAACUGGAGAUGAGUGGUUUGUUGGCUGAGAUGAAUUGUCCUUAUUCAGUUCUAACCACUGGAGAUGUCACAAAACGCCUCCUCAACAAAAAUAAUUGCCUCUUGCUGCUCACUUACCUGAUUUCUGAGCUUGAAUCCUCACGAAUGCUUGGUGUGAACAACCCGCCAAAGAAGCAGCCAGAUAAAACCAGCCAGUCGUUUGUGGAACUGAAAUCCAUAUGUAUUACUCUGGGUAUGUCCAAGCCCCCAGAUAACAUCACCAUGUUCCAGUUCUUCAGUGGGAUUGAGAAAAAGCUUAAAGAAUCUCUGUCAAAGGUGCCCCGAAAUCAUGUUGGAAAACCUCUGGUGAAGAAAGCACUUGGACCACUUCACUGGGAAAAAUUAGAAGCUAUCAAUCAGAUCCUGGUUAACGAAUAUGAAAUUCGACGAAAGAUGUUGCUGAAGCGAAUGGAUGUAACCAUACAGUCGUUUGGCUGGUCUGAUCGUGCUAAGAGCCAAACUGAAAAACUGGCCAAAAUCUACCAGCCCAAGCGGGCAGCUUUGAGUUCAAGAAGCACCAUUUGUGUGGCACAUCUGCUAGCUGCUCGCGAGGACCUGUCUAAGAUUAUGCGAACCAGCAGUGGCUCAAUCCGAGAGAAGACUGCAUGUGCUGUUAAUAAGGUACUUAUGGGAAGAGUGCCAGACCGGGGCGGCAGGCCAAAUGAAAUUGAACCCCCUCCACCAGAGAUGCCACCAUGGCAGAAGAGACCAGACAAUGUCCAGUCCAGCAGUGGACGUGGAAGAGGUGGAUAUGACCAAGGUUCUUAUGGAGGAGGUGGACGAGGUGGAUAUGACCAAGGCUCUUAUGGAGGAGGUGGACGAGGUGGAUAUGACCAAGGUUCUUAUGGAGGAGGUGGACGAGGCGGAUAUGACCAAGGCUCUUAUGGAAGAAGCGGAUAUGACCACGGCUCUUAUGGAGGAGGUGGAAGAGGCGGAUAUGACCAUGGCUCUUAUGGAGGAGGUGGAAGAGGUGGAUAUGACCAAGGCGGGCGAGGUGGGGGCCGUGGUGGAUAUGAUAGGACAGAACAAGGAGGACGUGGCGGAGGCAGAGGAAAAAUUCAAGGUGGAUGGUCAGACGGAAGUGGCGGUCAUCAAGAUUCUAGCUACCAAGGGGGGCAUGGUGGUUACCACAGUGGUAGCUACCAAAGCAGUGCUGGCAGUUACCAAGGAGGUGGCUACCAUGGAGGUGGUGGAAGCUAUCAAGGGGGCGGCUAUCAAGGGGGCAGCUACCAAGGACAUCAAGACAACAGAAAUCAAGAUAGCAGCCAUGAACAGGGUGGAGGACGAGGUGCAGGACGUGGAGGUCGUGGCCGUGGGGGUCGUGGAGGGCGUGGGGGACAAGGUGGUGGGUGGGUCAACAGAGGUGGACUAAACUACAACCAGGGAGGACAGUUUGAGCAAUAUUUCCAGCAUGGUGGCCAACAGUACAAUCCUUCUGGUUUCUAUCAAGGUAGGCAGUAUUCUAGCUAAUAAUUCAUAGCUUUGACUAUUGGCUUCUUCCUACAAGAGUCACAGACUCAGCCAUAAAUAGUUACCAACUGUUGAAUGCCUCUAAAAUCCAAUACCUUGUACUGAAUCAGCAGUAUUGCAGAUUUAUUUGUUAAACAAUGGAAAGCAGAAAUACCUGCUUUCAUCAGGAGUGAAGGCUUGUGAUUCUAAACCUUUGUUUUGAUGUCCCAUCCCCACUCUUUAAAAAUUGGGUUUUAGGCUUAGAACUACUUGAGCAUAGCAAAAAAAAACCCUGCUUCUCUGCAUGUGUAACUGUCAUUGACAAGAUUAAAACUCUUUAUUUUGUUGAAAGUGCACUACAGACCAAACAUUUAAGCCCCAACUGAGCCUGGAAGCCUCCUUUUCAAAUAGACUGACGCUUUCGACAAAAACAUCUGCAGAGCUUACAUUUCUGUUCUGUCCUCGAGAUUAAGCCAAAUGGUAACUUCCUGCUGGCUGUUAAUUGUACAUAACUGUAAACUUCACAAGCAGAGUGAAUGACAGUGUGAAAGAUAAGCAAUUAAGUGUCCCUGUGCUGUUCAGAAUUAUUGGAUUUUAGUUGAACAGAGUUAAUGGAUGAGGGAUAAGAGUCCUUUGGGUAUCAAAAGAGGAUUACAGUACCAAUCUUUUAUUUAAAGUGUGCAAGAAAGUGUGUGUAUGCAUAUUAGCAUUUUUACCCAAACAUUGAAUUGAGAAAUUGUUGUUUGGGUGACACCCAUGGUUUUUUGUGUAUUUCUAACUUAUAAUGUUUGGGAAGUUUACUGUAUGUCAUCCCUUUUGCAAAUGUGUGUAGGUUGAAAGCUGCAAAGGAUAUUCAGCACAGAAAGGGCUAAUGUGUAGGUUUAACUAAUUCAGCCUUAAAUUAUGCACAAUGCCUAUAAUUCUACAGACAAGUGAAAAUAUUGGCCAAGAAUGGCUGAUUGUAUUUGUAAAAUACAAAUUGUUUUUGUUCCCGUUGAAAUAUUGGCAAGGGGCCUGAUCAUACAUGGCGCACUUCAUUAUUUGGAAGUUGAGGCAGUUGCUGAAUAUUAACCCAUGGUCAAAGAGCUGGAAAUAAAAGCAAAUGUGAAACAAGUUAUCCUACAUACACAUUCUUGUGUUGUGAUUUAAUUAUUGAUUUCUUUUCAGUUUGAACAAAACGUGACAGUUAACAUAGUUUUUUCUGUUGAAAUUUUUAAUUGAUCUGCCAGCAUUGAAGUCACUGUAGCCCUCUGAGAAUGUAACUUUUAAAGACAUUGUAUUCUGGACAGUAGGAUUUUUUUGCCGUUUUUGGCACUUAAUGCACACUAGAGGUCACUGUGUUGUAAACUGAGAGUAACAGCUGUUGGUCAACACGAGCUGAUAGCUAACUGGUGCUGUUCUUGUCAGGAAGCAUUUUUGAUCUGCUGUUCUCUCAUCCAGUUACUCUGUCUUAUUUCAAAGAAACUGUUGCCAAAGACUUCUAGCUUGUUUGUUAAUUGGUUGUCUUUGGCUGAGACUGCUGAUCAGAUCCCUCCGGUUCAUCUGUAGGGACCAAAAACACGGGCAAAGCAUUUGUCAGCAACUAUAAUCAUCUCUUGUUUGUCCUAUUUGUAUGUAAUAUAAAGUGCUUUGUCUUUUUUAAUUAAAUUGAAGAUUUAGCACUAAUUUGCCCAAAAAUGGUGGGGUAGAAUAUAAACUGAAGUUAUUUAAAUCAGCAGUGUAUACACUGUAUAUUCUGUUCUUAAAAAGGCUUGAAAAUCUAAACUGCAUUUAAGUCUAAAGAUUGCCUAUUAAGAUUUUCUUGCUAAGACUCUGGCUUUUUUCAGGGAUUGAAGCAUUGUUUUGAUUCUGGGUAGAGAGAUCCCGCUUGGCCCAUAAAACAUAGCGGAUUCUUUUAAUGCAGUGGAACCUAAUGUAGAUCUAAUCUAAUGUAGUACAGAUAAUUAAAUAAAUUUUUUGUUAUUUAACAGAUGUACUUGCUUAAUUUAUUUAAGUGUGGGAACUGAUUACCUGAUCAGUACAAAGAACUAUUUCAGUUAAUAGUUUCUGAACCUUGUUCAGUUUGAUCUUCCUAAUGCUCUGAGCUGAUAUCAGCCAUAGGUGGCUUGUUGGGAGUGCUGCUACUGUUCUUGAUAGAAUGAAAAUACAUCAGCUAAGGUUCCCUCUUCAAAUUGUCUUCGAACAUUUUCUUAGAAUUGCAUGAGUGCAAUCUAGGUUGGGUGAGGAAAGAUUGAGGCUAUGAUGUGAUGGAUAUAUGAUUGAAAUGACCUUAUGUAGGCUAAUGUUUAAAAUAUUCGAUUAACAAAUAAUAACAUUGGUUGGUGUGGGUGGUGCAGUAUGUCAAUCUGUGCCUAUGGUGUUAUUCUGUGCCUAGUGUAAGUUAUUAAUCAUGCAAAUUUAAACUUUGCAAUUAUUAAAAUAUUCAGAGCUGGGGACUGUACCUGCUUACGGUAGAGGGCUCCUUCGUUGCAGAGUAGAAUCACUCUUUGACUGACUUAAGUAAAGGAAUUUGCUGUACACAAAGCUUACGAACAUUUUAAAUAGCAUGCGAACAGCUAUCCAAAUCAAAGUUCAUGCCCAGAAACAGCAGUUAUUUAGUCAGGGUAUAGCUUCCUGUGAUUUCCAUGUUCUAUGGUAAGCGAUUUCAUGCCCCCACCCUCCCUAUUAAGGAAUUUUUAUUUUCAAAGCUGCUGCAUGAAGUUGAGCUCAGGGAUGAGCUCAGCUUGUAUGGAGAAUGAAAUCAGAGGUUGGAUGGAAAGGAGCAACUAUGUCUGAAUAUAAACCAUUGAAUAGAGAUACAGCAGAUGGGUAAACUACCAGAACCUGGUUUGAGCUGUUCUUGUGGCAGUCAUGAAUCUUGUCAAUCAUUGCCACAUUUGCUAUUUGAUUCUAUCACUGAACUAUUUAGAGUUGUUUUUGCUAAUAAAUAUCAUGUGCUUAUUCCAUCCCUGUGCCAGAAAUCCUACUUAAGUGCACAAAAUAUUUCUCACCACGUUCACAAGUGAUCUUCAUUGUAUUUGCAAGAAGUUUUUUAAAUGGAGCUGCCAAACGUUGUAGCUCCCCAAUUGAAUGUUGCAGUGCACAAUGUUUCUGUAAUCCAUGCUAUUUCGGUUGUAAAGUCUUAAUGUAAUUUAAGAGGAUAGAAGGAUGCGUUAGGUGGGGAGAAAGAAAUGUACUAAUAUAAUUGACACAUGAUUUAUCUCGAACUUAUAGCACAAAGCUAUUUGUUCGCGUUUUUCAUGAUUUGGAGGGUACAAUUGUGUUGGUUGAGCGAGAACUACCAUUCUUUGACAGUGGAAGUUAAUUGGUAUAAUGUAUUAACUGCAUUGAUAGAAAUUAAAGAUGUUAUGAUCAUGCCACUUGUAAUAUCUCUAAAAUCAUGUACUGCCUUGCAUCUUAGGUCUUUGUUCUGUUUGAUUUGCAAAACUAGAUUCUAUUUUUGUCAAACUUCAAUUGUCCUUGUUUUUUUAUUAGAGAUAUUGUCCUUUUUCUAGUAUUGAUUCAAAAUCAUCAUUUUAUUGACUUGCAUUUUUUCAAAACAACACAGAAAAAUUACACUUGUAAUACCUAUAAUUAACACUCCGGUCUCUCAAUUUGAAUUGACGGUCAUUUGUGAAAAACUGAUACUCGUGAAAACAAUAGAUAUUACUUUCUGUACAUUUCGGCAUUGAAUUUCUGGUACUUUGGGUAUUCCCAAAGAUUCUUUUCUCUUUACCUAUUGUCUCCUUUGUGUGUGUGUGUGUGUGUGUGUGUCACGCUCUCUCUUUGCAACUUAACGAGGAUAAUUAUCCAUGAUCUAUUAGCUAUCUCUUUAAAUCCAAUAAAUGAGCCAGCAGUCUUGGGCACACACUUUUUUACGAUGGCUUCCAGAAACCAAAUUCAGUUAGCUUCCAAAAUCUACAGUUGAAUCUAGUCGGGACAAGUUGUGACCAAAAGGUACCUAACCAUUUAAGUUGGCUUGCUAAUGAAAAUAGUUUGGAUAGACCUUCCCAUUACAUGUUAUGCAGUCAACAACAACUGAGCCUUCAGUUGUGGAUCAUGCAACCAAUUAUUAUUAAGCAAAAAUUGCAGAAAACCAUUUUGUUUUAAUGCGCAGAGCCAUAAAGUUGUCCAACAUGUCUACGUCAACCGGAUAUCCUAAAUUAGUCUAGUCCCAUUUGCCAGCAUUUGGCCCAUCUCUCUCUCAACCAUUCCUGUUCAUGUACCCCUCCAGAUGCCUUUUUAAUUGUACCAGCCUCCACCACUUCCUCUGGCAGCUCAUUCCACACAUGCACCACCCUCUGCAUGAAAAUGUUGUCCCUUAAAUCCCUCGUAUCUUUUUUCCCCUUUCACCUUAAACCUGUGCCCUCUAGUUUUGGCUAUUCAUCCUAUCUAUGCACCUCAUUAUUUUAUAAAUCUCUAUAUGAUCACUCCUCAGCCUUCAAUGUUCCAGGGAAAAUAGCUCCAGCUUAUUCAGCCUCUCCCUAUAGCUCAAACCCUUGUACCUGGGAAAUAUCCUUGUAAAUCUUUUCUGAACCCUUUCAAGUUUAACAACACCUUUCCUGUAGCAGGGAGACCAGAACUAAAUGCAGUAUGCAUUGUUUUAAGGUAGAUAAGCUGGAUAUCUGAAAGAAAGGAGAAAUCAACAUUUCAGGUGGUACCCUUUUUCAGAUCUGCGUGUUGAACUCCAUGUUGAGCCCUCUGGGCUGUAGGGUGCCCUGGUGAAAGAUGAGUGUGUGAAGAAGGAGGACUCAACAUUGGAGAAUUCAACUUCAAACAAUGUUCCCGUCCAACCCCGGCUCCAUUUCCAGCCCCACCUCCUCCCUUCCGUUCCACCUUCUGACCGUCUCUUCUAGCCACCAACCGGAUUCAUCCCUCCCAUCGACCAACCAGGUGAUACUUACUACCAGUGUCCACCUAUCACCGUCAUUCCGCUACACCCCCUCUCUUCAUCUGCAGCUCCCACUACUGCCACAUCCAGUCCUGAAAUUGAAGUUUGGAUGUCAAAAAUCAGAAAGUUGUAAUAUUGUUGGGUAUCUAACAAAAAUUCAUAUUUAACACUCAACUGGAGACAUUGCUUUUAAAUUCUAAUCAAGUUAAUGAGACAGGACUGAAAUCACUUUUUGCACUUUUUUUUAAAGGAAAACUUCAGUGAUUUGAUCUGAAUUCACUUGGUUUCUACCUAAUAAUUAUUAUUGCGGGAGUCUUAAAUUGAAACGAUUUUUUUUUUGUUUGUUUGUGUGCUAUGGGUGCCACAGGCUAGACUUUUAUUGAAUCCCCAUUUCACCGUCUGUGAUUGGAUUCAUACCCAUGUCCUCAGAACAUUUACGCUGGACUUCUUGACUAUAGUGACAUUUCCAUGAAACUGCCUCCUUGCCUGUUGAAAAGGGAGUAAUUUUGUUGAAGCUAUUUGUCUUGCCCUCAAAAGGGCAAAUGCAGCAAUGCUGAAUUUUAAGUGAUCACGACUUUUAUACUGUAGGAAUAAAGGAUAGCAAGUUGAUAUAUUGGCUCAGGCAUUGCUAUGGAGAAAGUAAAGCAAAACUAUAAUUUCCCAUGUUUUCCAGUAAAGCAUUUGGAAUAACUUAAAUCAGUUUUCAAGCAGCUAGAGAUAAAUGGUCACGGUUGUAAUCUACAAAAGCAGGAAUUGUUGGAGAAACUCCCCAGGUCUAGCAACAUCUUCAGAGAAGGAUCAGUGGAUUCAGAACUUUGACUGUACUUUGUCUCCCCAGAUGCUGCCAUACCUAGUGAGUUUCUUCAGCAAUUUCUGUUUUUGCAUUGUCAGUUCUGUUUUAUUUUUAAGGUUGUAAUGUAGUGCAUUUACACUUGCUAGAAGGUGACAUGCAUUCAUACUUGAGACCUGUUCUCUAUAAAUAAAGGACGAUGUUCAAAAAGGUGCAAGCAGACCUUUUGUGCAUAGGGAGGGAGUUCCUAUGCUUGAAUAUGUGCUGCUUCAAGAAAGCAUAAAUGAGCCACAAUACGUUGACUGAUUUAAUCAGAUUUUAACUAAAGAUAAAUUAUCUCCAGUUGAAGUUCCCAGAAGUUAAGGGAAGUCUAAAAGUUUCCAUAGCGCUCUCCAUGGCAAUUGUCUCAAUUGGCAGAGUCCAGUUACCAACUAACCCACAUCCCUUGCCUCCUGUGGUAUAAAUUGUUUCAAAAGCUUGAAAUUUUUGAGAUUGGCCCGAUUAGUAUGAGAUCUCCACAACAUGCCUAUCUCUUCAGAUGUAUUCAAGUUCUGCACAACCAUGCCACUGUUAUUGAAAUAAAAUAAGUGUUAGCCUGACUCGAUGUGACUGAGAUGAGUGUGCUAUAACUAGUGUUAGAGAACCACUGUUUGCUCCAGCUCUGCUUGUGUGAGAUCACACGUGAUGCAGAUUCCAGCAUGCAGUAAGGCUACUGUGCAACAUUCAAAUUAUUGACGCGUAUUAAUACAUUAGAAAAUUUCCAAACAUCCUCAAAAUAACUGUUGGAACACCAUAUUUAAGAUGUGUGUUAUAUUUUCCUGAAUUUUCUUAUCUAUAAUUGAGUGCAAAUAUGACAACUUGUCUCUAUGUGCAAAACCCGUCUUUUCGUUCUUAUUGUAUAGAACCGUAAUGAUGCAAUUUAAAAUUUUGAGCAACAAAUUUUAAUUGUUUGUUUCCUCUGUAGACCAGUUUCCCUUUUGAGUCUGAUCAAAAUAUCAAAAGGACCACAGCCAGAAGUGUUGGGCACAAUUUUAUCACACUGAGAUCAAUUUACUUAUACAGGGUUACAGUUGAGCCCGCUGUGGUUAUGUCAAUUACUUUUACAAGUUGUAAACUCUUGUAGUAGCUCCCCAGCAGCUUGAUAUGUUUUGUGGUUUGAGACCAUGAUGAUGUAGAUAGAUUAAUGCUGUCUGCCCCAACUUGGGUUUCUGUUUUUUAAGCUUGUAACCAAGCCCUCCUUCCUGGAUGAAUAAGUUAUUAUCCCAGAAGCUACUGGAAAUAGAUGUAAACAAGAUACACAGCUUCCACAUUCUGAGCUCCCGAGCUAGCAUUUUUGUUACACAGUGUGACUAUUAAAAAUGGUUGGAAGCUAGCCUGUUUUCACAAGUUACUUCACAAGAGUGAAAUAAUUUCUAUCACGCUGUUGGCAAAACAGUCUUGUAUGGGUAAAGGCAACAAUAAAAAUACUUUGGUUGGGUGUCUAGGAGCUUUAGCUGUUUUUGGUGUUGUGGACAGUUCACCAAAAACAGUCUACCUGCCUCAUGGGAAAAUAACAAAGAGUAAAUGUGCAUAAUUAUAAAGCUUUAAAUUGCACAUAAAAAAUAGAUCAUUUCUGUUGUGUGUGGAUCCAGAAGUGUACUGAACUUGCGGCAUUGCCCUCUCCUUCAAUUCCGUGUGUCAGUUGAGUAUGAUCUGUUUGCAAAAGGGUCCAGAGAUACUUGCAGUAUUGGGCCAUGUGUUUUAGUUGAUGGAAUAAAUGAAGAGUUUUUACUUUGUACAAUGUGAACCUAUGAUUUCUCUCAGGUUGCUUUUAUUUUGUAUGCCUGUUUGUUCCCAUCUCAAAUAAAUAAAGAAGUGAUUAGGCAUGUGUUUUUAUUCAUUCACAGGAUGAAGGCAUCACUGGUUAGCUAGCAUUUAUUGCCCAUCCAAAUUGGCAAAGGGUAGUUAAGAGUCAACCACGUUGCUGUGUGUGUGCAGUCACAUGUAAGCUAUACCAGGUGAGGAUGGCAGUUUCCUCCCCUAAAGGACAUUAGUGAACCAGGUGGGUUUUAUCCGACAGUCAACAAUGGAUUCAUGGUCAUAGUUAGAUCCUUAACGCCAGAUAUUUAUUGAAUUCAAAUUCCACCAUUUGCUGUGGUCACAUUCAAAUCUGGGUCCCCAGUACGUUAUCUGUGUCUCUGGAUUAACAGUUCAGUCCGUUGCUUCCCCC